GCGCGAUCCUGUCCUACGACAACUUUGAGGGACGCACCAUCAGGCAUCGUUCCGAUAAAGCGGACACGGCGUUCAAACAACUCGGCAAGGUUCUUCGCGUCAAUGGGGUGCUGACGGCGGGGCACAGGCUCCGGAUCUAUAUCGCAAUUGUUGUGAGCUCCUUGCUGUAUGGGCUGGUCUUUGUGGGUAUCACCGCCGAGGUCGUGCGAAAGCUUUCCUCCGACAUUGCUCAACAUCUCCGCAAAGUUCUCAGAAUCUAUGAACAUGGGAUCAGCAACGAGGAAGUGCUUGAGCGUGCUCAGAUUCGUCCCAUGCAACUCCUGUUCCAGCGCAUCAGCAGGCUAUGCCGGCAAAUCACCAUCGACGAGGGACGCAGUGCGGCUCUCAAGCGCCCUGAGCAGGUGCGUGCCCAAGCUAUCCUGGACCAGGUCGCUGCUCUCAAAUGUGGCGCGCAUGGACUCACGGUCCUUUCGGGCAGAAAGACUGCCAUCUGCUCGGUGGACUGUCCGGUAUGCGGCCUUGCUUUUGGGACCGCGGAGGGGCUUUCACAGCAUUUACAUCGCCGACACCCAGAUGUACGGCGUGGCUCCAAGCUGCGCUUUUGCCGUGCUGAGCAGUCUCUGUUUGGUGUGCCAAUAUGUAGGUUCUGCCAUUUUCGAGCUCACGACUGGAGCUCACUUCGCAAGCACCUCGAAUCAGGCAGUUGUCCGUGGGUGCAGCGGCAGAUUAUUGACGGGUCUACGGUCGAGGAUCUACUCACCCGCAUUCGAGACUUCGAAGCCCAGCACCCGCCUCAACCACCGGCCGCGGCACUCGUGGAGGAUGAGCUUGCGAAAGCUCGGCUACUGCUUCAGGUACUCAGCCAGGAUCAAGCCGCACUGGCAGAUCCAACACCCCGGGGCCUGGGAGGCCAGCCACCACAGUGCAAGUUCAGAGUCGGCCAGUUUGGCCUUCGCCAAGGGUCUCUCAUGGAGCACUGGGCCAAGCAGGGGUCUGUGUCCGAAAAGGCGCCAGCUCUUCCUCAGCGUGGCUGUGCUCCGCCGACUCAGGCGCCCGUGUCAGUUACGGCUGAUAACCCGAUUAAUCCGCCCCCCCUGCCCGUUGUCUUUCCCCCAGACUGGAUCCUCCGACUUGUCUUGCGCAAUCCUCACAACCACUGCUAUGCAAAUGCUGGUUUUCUUGCUUUGCUGCAUGCCCUCGAGGGUCUCUCCUCCUUCCCGCGGGCCCUUCGCUCCCUGCGCACAGCUGCGUAUCAGGCCGCGCAAAGGAAUACCAGCCUUACACUUGCGAGUCAGUUUCCUCUGCGCAGUCUUUUGCGUCACUGGCACUUCGGGCCAGCCCAACAGGACACCCUGGAGUUCAUUACGCCCCUCAUACAGGCGGCAGGGAUUGAUGCGGGUAGAUGGGAGGCUCGCUUAUUAGCUGAGGGUCGAGUGAGCAAACAGGCCGAAGGAGUUGGGCCCAUCAUGCUUCCAGCUGUGGAGCGGAAUGUCACCCUGCAGGAGGCCCUUACGCAAUGGCACCGGCAAGGCUUUCCACACGCGCUUUGCGCAGCCUCGGACCUCUUACUGUUUGGAUUGCACAGGUACGCUGGCGUCAACAAAUCCUUCAGCGAGGUUGUUGCUGCGGUGCUUCAUUUUGGCGCCACGCCUCGUGCGGGGCACUAUCGCUCACUGCUCAGAUGCUCUGAUGCCUGGCAUUUUACGCAGGAUGGCACAGAGCUUGCCAUGUACAGUGCCUUUCGUCCCCAGAGUGCCCAGUCCACUGCCCCUACUGAGAGCGGGGCGCAAGCGUCUGAUCCCAAGAAGCAGCGGACUUCCGACGGUGGAUAUGGCAGUGGCGCAGGCAAGCGAGGCUGGAAACCCACUGGCCAGAAGCGUCAGUGGCAGCCGUCCUCGGCGUGGGAAGCGUGGGAUGCGGCGGCUGAUGACCACACGGCGGCUGAGGCCGAAAUCGCGAAGCUCAAGGCAUGCAUGGCUCAGCUUCAGCGCAUGAUAUUGCGCCACGAGGACUCCAUAAACAUUGCCAAGAUCGAGGUUAGCUAUGUCGCUCACUUCCGCAUUGACGCGCCGAACUCUCUUGUUCGAAGCAUCUUUCUUGCGGCUGACACGUGGCGCAAGGCCAGAGAGAAUGCGCCGCAGACCAUCAACAAGCCUCUGCGCGCAACCUUGCUGAAGUGCGUGUUCAUGGAACUUCGCACGCGGAUAGCGGAAAUGUCGCAGGAGAAGUCCCUUGAGCGCGAUGGCUCCAAGCCGGGCGUGACCACGGAAGCCGUGCUCUCGAUCAUGGAUGACAUCGACAAAGCCGUCCCUCAGCCUUACGCUGUUACUCGCUUUCACCCGACCAGGCCGCUGGCGGCUGAGAUGAAGGGUGAGUCCUUGACCUUUAUGGUGCAGUUUGGGCAGCAGAAUGAUCAUGCAGAGAAGCUGUGCACGGUUGUGCCCGUGCUUUGUGGGCUCGCUGUUACGCAGCUGAUUGCAAUGGCCAUAAAGCCUGAGUACUUGCAGGGCUUCGCCGGGGAGUUUCAAGUAGCUGGUGCACUUGUCAUUUCAGACGUUGCAUCCGGUGCUGUAACAGUGCUGUACCCAGGCCAGAGUACGGAGCUUGAGAUGGAGGACUCCUGCUUACCUGCCGCUCACCGGCGCCCUGAAGCGGAGGACUUGUUGGCUGAGGAAUGUGACGCUGUUAUGAUGUCCGAGCGCCUUGAUAGGCGUCACGAGGGUGCGCGAUCCAUUCAUGGGCACAUGGACAUCUUCGAGGGCAUAUACAUGGCUGGUGUCAAGCCACUCACUGAGGCGGAGGAUGGGCUCAAGUUUGAUCUCAUGGGAAAGCAGAUAUACCUCCUUCGAGGUGUUUGUCUUAACGGGAUCGAGCGUCCUCAAAAUCAGACCGAGUAUCUUGCGCUGGCUUUGAUCUCUCAUGGACAAGCCUCCUGGACCCAGCUGCAAAGACUGAUGCGAACCAUGCCCAGGGAUGCCUCUAUACGUUGGCCGCAGCAGCCGGCGCCAGACAUGGCGAUGCCGCACAGAGUGACGGUGGGUGCAUGGCACAGGGGGCCGAUGACAGGCUUGCAUGUCACGAUGCGCCGUUUUCCGUGGUGCUCUCGAGUUUUCGCUGGACUCCUUAGCACGUGGGAUCCGAACCAUGCGUUCACUUCGGCCACCAUGAGCUUGAAUGUUCUAGCGGCCCCACACCGGGGGGGCGAGCUUUUCAUCCAGGAUGAGGAAGGUCUUUCCCAGCUGCAGAACGGUGGUCCGCGCGGCCAUGUCAUUUCCUUGAGCACCCCGGUGAA